CGUGCCAAGACAUUUUGCUCAGUUUGUCUUACACUUUGAGAUUACGGCAUCUCCAGAUCCCAAGGUACUCGGAUAAGGACAUCUUCACGCUGCUCCGGAGGUAAAGGACGAAGAUCGUGGUGACUCAUUUCUGACGAAGACGAUCCUCGCUCACUCACUCGGUGCCCUUGAUUCUCUCCUUGACACUUCCACCUUUUGAAGAUCUUUGGAGCGCCGUUUGAUUCCUCCCUCUUUCCCUCUUCUGAAAGUCGAUUCACAAUCAGUGCAAUGACUGAGUCUGUAUCUGAGUACAGUCACGACCAUGUCAUCCUUCUGUUGAGCACGCACGACUUUGAGAAUCUACCGGCGUGGCUCAGCGACAAUUUUAACGUCAUUGAAGGAGGAACUCAUGCAGGGGGCUCUUCUAGAAACAAAUUGAUCAUAUUCGCCGAUGGCACUUGUAUCGAACUUUUGAAUUGGAUAACGGAACCGAAAGAGUUCUUCGAUUGGGCAUCAAAAUCUCCUGGUCUCAUUGACUUUGCCCUCACCACGCCGCAAACUGCGCAAGAGACGCAUGCCGCGGUGACGAAACGACUCGAGUCGGCUGGCGGUGACGGUGACGGUGACGUUGAUGGUGACGGUGAUGGCGGAUUGGGGAUACGUUUCAAGCAGCCCCUCUUUGGUGGACGCAAACGUAAAGACGGCCAACAGUGUGAAUGGUACGUCACGAAGCCUAUGGUUGACAAUGAAGCACCGAACGUUCCGAAGCCGAUUGAUCGAUACUUUCCCACCGGCCGACUCGAUACGCCUUUCUUCUGUCACGACGUGACCGAUCGAAACUUGCGUGUUCCUUCCACCGACACUUCGAUCUCGACUCACCCUUGCGGCGCCAAAGGUAUCAUGUCCGUUGACGUUGUGGUCCCGGAACCACGGAUCAAAAGUUAUAUGAAGUUGUACAGCAGCGUCACCGGUGCCGAUGCCAAAGUUCACGGUGGCUUCCGAUACCUCCCCAACACCAACGUGAGUUUUGCCUUGAGUUCGCCCAACGAGAAAGCCAUGGAAGGGGUCAAGGACAGGAUCGGCAUCGAGCUUCACGCCCCGAGGGACGGUGAAGAUGAAGCCUGGCUGAAGGAGCGCGGUGUGGGGAUCAGAGAAAUCAGACUUUAUGUCCCGGCCGCCGGAGAAGAUGAAGUCGACGAGCGACCUUUGGACAGUGAGGGUAUCGGGGCGAGUCUGGUGCUCGUCGUACAAUGAGAGGCAUCUUGAUGGACGGGAGAAGACGAAGAAACCUGACCAGUUUUCAUUUUAUCUCCUGCGUGCAAUUACAUAGUAGAUCUUAUUGACAUAUAACCCUGUGAAAUAUUCCUUGCAACAUGGUCAUUUCUCUGAACAUCAGAGAUCUGAAUUGUCCAC